AUGACCGACGAACAGGAGCGGCAAUCCGACGAUACUCCAGAGAAUGAGCAGAGAAACGAGACACAAACUCCAACACGACCCAGCGGAUUAUCACAGGUCGAAAAAGACGCGCGCCUACGUGCCUUGCAAAACAGAAUAUACCCGACGCCACACCACACCUCAUUGCUUUUGAUGAUUCUUCACAAACUUGGCUGGGAUGUCGACAAAAGCGAAGCACUCUUUCGUUUCUGGGAGGCAAUUCAGAGAAAUCGACCUAAAGACGAUGGCGAGCUAACCGAAUGGGAGUUCGACGCCACUUCUGAAGAUAAAGAAGACAUAGCAGACACCGAGAGCGACCUCAAAAUCCUUAGAUUGUCAAACAAAGAUGUUCUAGGCCCAAAAUACCCUGGAGGCUUCACAUUGCUACAGCAUGUGCAGGAUAAUUCGCUCGACGAAAUCUUUGUCCCGGCUAGUUUCAAAUUUGACGAAUACGCGCUCGUCUACACAGGCAAUGCUGACCUCGAACGUCGCAGUGCGGUCAUUGUCUUUACCAACGCUGUCCUCGACACUUUCGAUGUACUGUUGUCGCGUGGUGAGGCAGUCUUAGUUCUAGCAGGACUUGCCAGCUGGGACCUCGAAGGGGCUUUGGUAUUUUAUCAAGACAGGGAAUUGCUAUCCGCAGUAUUGUCUGAGUAUUUCGACCGUAUGCGUCCAUCACCCGACCUCUGCACAUCGGAAAGCGAGGCGCAGUCUGAACGAGAUCAACGACUAGCGCUGUUCAUAACAUACACGGGGUUUCCAAGCUGGUAUAGUGCUAAAGAACAUCUUUCCGUCCACGACGAUAAUCUGGUCAAAGCUUUGGCAGCUUGGCAUCGAGAUGGUAUCGAGCCACGCAAGCACCCCAAGGACAAAGAAGGUACUCGUAAGGCAGGUAUAGGGAUGCGAAUUGACUUCGAUGGGAAACACGCUUCAUUACCAGAUCCUGAAUCAUGCUACUGUCGAGUUGAGAACGACGACGAUGAUAUGUGGGAUCCAGAGACGGAGCAGUUCAUGGACGAGGACACCAGAGCCAAAACCGACAUCUCCUCCUUUAGUAAGACGACCACUGGUUCAUGGAGCUUCCCACACUUUGGCGGUAUCAAGAAGCGAGUCAAAGGCCCUAACGGAAAGCUGCGAGUUCGUCGACCUGGAGGUGUCAUCAACUACAAUGUGCAGCCCGCGAAACUCGGAGUGCCAGACUGGACAAAGUUUCGAUUCGAGUAUAUUCAGAAAGGAAGAUAUUUCUGGAAGCCAUUUAAGAACAAUCGAUACCUUCUGGCCGAUGCUGGCGAGAACAGAACAAUCGCAGAAGGUGGCACACGAAAGGCAAAUGAGAGGCGAACCAGGAUGUUCGACUGGAGCAACAAGGACGAUAUCCAACACGUCAGAAGAUGGCACACUCAGAAAACUACAAGAGUCACGCAGACUGUCCUCCGAGAAGCUGGUCAACGACUAUCAAUCGAAGAGCAGAAAUUUCUCAAAGAGCUCCUCGAUGACUCCUUCGCGCGCCACAAAGAGGCCCGUCCUGGCCAGUCCCAGAUCAGAAUUUCACGCUCAUUCGCCGUCACAGACACACUCAAAGAUGAGUGGAGCAAGAAGUGGAACGCGCGCUUCGCUGGCAAGACCGUUCCAUCUGAAGUCGAGCCGAGACGUGAGCGGAAUGGACAGAACCUUUACAACCUGAUCAAGAGGUGGGAGAAACUGUGCCAUGAGUAUGGUUGGACUUUUGACAAGACUGGCACUCCGACUGUGUAUGAUACGGUGAACUGGCCUUGGGAGGUUAACAACGAGGAGGAGGCAGAAGGGUCGUCGGGUGAAGAGAGUGAAGCAAUGGAUAUUAGUGAGUGA